AUGACGAUGUUUUCGCGCAGGGAGCUGUGCUCGGAGCUUGUGCGUGCGGUGCACUUGCGGGCGGAGCGGGCGGAGCGUCUGCGGCUGGCAGUUGAGUCGGCCGACGGCAAGGGUCCCCAGGCUGCGAUGGCGCUGUACUCGGCACUGCAAGAGGGCGCCAAGGCCAUGGCCGGAUGGGACCGUAUGGUUGCCAUGUUGAUGCACCUGCUCAAGGUCUGCGAGGGCUGCUGGCGGCUGGGCUGCCCAAACAGCCUCGAGCAGGACGCGGGCGCGGCGCCGGCCAAAGUCGAACGGGCACGGACAGGCCUCGCUCAUGGCGGUGAGCUCGGCCUGCCCAACUACCUACGGUGCUCGCGGUGCAAGGCUGCCAAGUACUGCUCGGUCGAAUGCCAGCGCGCUGACUGGAAGACGCACCGCGCGUUCUGCAAGCGCGGCGCCCGGGCGCAGCCGCCGGCCAACCCAAACAAGUGGCCGGCCGACUGGGACGCGGUCAUGGCCGAGGCGCUGAAGGCCGACCUGCCGCCGCUCACCUGCCCUGACGACGUGCUGCGCAACGCAGGCGAGGAGCCUGGCGAUGCGCCGCCGUUCUGGCACGCCAUGGUGAGCGCCAUUUUCAACGAGAUCCGGGUCGGCUUCCCGUCGCAGGCCGACGACGCCCACAUCAACGCCAUCGCCGCUGCCGUUGCCGAGGGGCUCCUCGCCCGCCUCACUGGCUGCCGCGCCAUGAUGUCCGAGGAACCAGCGCUGCAGACAAUUGUGGGCGAGCGCGGAACGAGACGACUGGCGGAGCUGUACCACCGCGCCGACACGCGUGGACUCAACCUGUUCUGGGAGUCGCUCAUGGUCCGGAUCACCGGCCGAGCCUUUGCCAUGCUUGGCGAGCACGAGUCGGUUGUCCUUGCCGACUUUACCUACGAGUCAGGCAUGAUGACGCGGCUCCGGUUCGAGGUGGCGUACCGGUUCUUUGACAAGGUUGACAAGGUCGAGCUGUUCGAGCUGAUCCACGCUCGCGCCGCAAUCUGUCUCUUUAUCGAGAAUGAGUGCCACCGGCUGUUCAAGGUCUGGCGCGGCAUGCCGACAGCAAAGCACAAGUCGGCGCCGGCAGUCACUGAGAGCAAAGGCGACGAGGCCCAAGGAGGCUCGGUCGACAAAGGCCAGGCUGAGAGUGCAGCGGCGGCAAAGCCGGCGGGCGACGCGGCGGGCGAGGCCGGUAUGGGCCUUGUCACCACUCUUGUCUCGGAUGCCACCAUUCCAAGCGUGUUUGCCGGCAAGGCCAAGGACGAGCUGCCGGCAACCCCGCUGGCGGCGGCAAAUAUCCUCGGCGAAGCUGGCCACCGGUCGAUGGACUCAGACCACCUCGCGCAGGUCAUCACUCUCAUUGCUCGCGGCCCGCACGCACUGUCCGGCAUCAUGCGGCCGCGUGGCUCCAUCCCACCAUCGUGGGAUCCGUAUCUGGUGGUGCCCGAGGUGACGGCGCUCGUCGAGGCCAAGUAUCCCGAUGAGUCGGCACACGACAUCAAGACGCUUGUGGCCUCGGUCGUCGGCACCAUCACCUGCACAUUCAAGGUCUCGACCUUUGAGCCUGACCAGUUUGUCUUUCACGAGGACGGCCUGAAGGCCAACCUCGAGCGAGUCCGGGCCAAGCGGGCACGGGAGCUGGAGAAAGCCAGCUGACCACGGCUGGCCACGACCUAAUCAAGGAGUCAAUUGGCUGGUGGCGCAGCAGCGCGCGGCGACGACGGUGGCGACACUGCCGGCGAGACAGCCGGCGACACUGCCGGCGUCGCCGACCGGCUCAUGGCCACCCCGUCGAUGACGGGCAUGAUGCGCGAGAACGAAGGCGUACUUGGCACAGCCGCAAGAUGGGCCCGCGCAACUUGGAGGCGCAUCUCGUCGCCCGCAAGGCCGUACGCGGCCCAAAGGCGGAGCGAGUAGAGUGCGUCGACAACUGGAUCGUGGACGCCGGCCUGGAUGUCGACGCCGAGCAAGUGAAGAACCUCGUGGCGCAGGGAAAACGUGGUGAACUUGCGGCGGAACCAAGGCGGGGCCUCGACGCGGAAAAGCUUGCCGAUAUCAAUGGCCUCUUCAUAGUCUCGCCCGGGUACCAGCCCCAGCCAUGUUGUGUCCUUGUGGAUGUUCUGCCCGACCAGCCGCGCGUUACGCGGGAGCAAGGCCCGGACCGCCGCCACCGUCUCGUCAAACGGCAGCACCGUCCUCGUUGGGUCGGCAAAAUCGGCCUCGGUCAGCCCCGUCAGCGGGGUGAGGUACGAGAAGACCGGCCUCGAUGGCGACACCAGUGCGUCCAGUACCGUCUGCUCCGUCUCGUCCACCACCGCCACCCGCGCAACCAUCCGGUCCGCAUACCCGGGUCCGUCGGCCACGCACUCGACGUCGAUAGAGAAGGUGGCCACCGGAAAGUCGGCGUCGAGCUGGGUCAGCCACCGGAACGAGACGCCCAUGUGGAGAGAAAGUAUGAGAAGGGGGAAGAGGG